GUACGAUGCGCGGAAAGAGCGAGUAUGGGCUGCCAGAUUGAAGCAAACCCCGAUGUUACCGGGACUGGCAUUCGAGCCUCCAUUUACACACUCUGUAUCGCUGCCGGUAUCUUGAAAGUUAUCGUCAACGUAUUCGCGGAAGAACGAAGCCGGCGAGAUUUCGUGCGAGCGCUUGACUCUGCGCUUCAGGUCCAAGGCCUCGCCCUCCUCUUCACGGCGAUCUAUCAGACAUUCCGUUCGCAGCUGACAUUGUUCCAUGCCAUCUGCGUCUUACACCUUCUGUCCCUGCUUGGAUUUGGUCUUACGGCGCGUGGAAAGUAUGGACACUACGGCCUGGCUCGGCGCAUCGUGCUCUGGUCGAUCAAAGUCCUACUUGCUGCUGCAUUCCUGGCGUUCGUAGCCUAUAUCUGGAUUACAGCGCCGACAUUCGGGAGUCAACCAAAGUGCAACGGAUCAACGAUCUAUGUGGUCUUCUUCGUGAGCAUCGACGCAACCAACGUGGUGUUUCGGUACACCAUAAUGGCUCUGAUGAUUGCGUUCCUCAUUUCCGCAGCAUUUGGGACCGCGUUGUUGGGAUUAUUCGCAAGUAUUUGCGGCAUUCGGAAGAAGAAUCGGGUAGUGAAGGACAGGGAUAUCAAGACGUUCAUGGACAUCCUGAGCCGGAUCCGGGUGAGGGACGGGCAAUUAAAAAGUGAUGUUCGGUGGAAGUGGGUGCCUAGUCAGGAGGAUCUCGGUUUCAUGGCCACCCGUACGCUCAUCAACGUCUACGGCGUCUUGAUGCUCGAGCUCACGAUAUCCCGCAACGAUCUGGGCUCAGACGAGCGUGAAUGGACCUUCGGCCAGAUUAUCGCUAUAUUCCUACUCUUGGGAGUGGCAGCAGAGGUCUUCAACCUGGUGUUAGCCAAGAUUGAUACAAAGUCAGAGGAGAAGCCGGACGAGGAAGAAGCAGCGCAGCAGACGCAGCUGAUGAUCGAGGAACAUGCGGAGCAUGCUGAGGAAGAGGGAGAGGAAGGUUCUUCUAUACCUCUGGAGAUUGUACUACCAGCAAGAGUAUAG